AUGGUAGUUACCGUAACAGUCCUUUUACGGCUCUUGCCUGCUCUUUUAACGAGACUGGAAUUUACUACAGAUACUGUUGCUUUUUUUCCAGGCAGCUUCCCAGGAAGCAGCAAGAUUCACAGGUUAGUUACCUACAUCUUUGUCUACGAAGACCUGAUAUCCUUGACCUGUGGUGCCAUUAUUAUCUGGUAUUUUGCUGGCAGCUUUGAGAAGAACGUUGGCACUGUGAAGCACUGCUUCCUCACCAUCGCGUUUGCCAUCCUUUCCGCCCUCCUGUACCUCUUACUCGAGACCCUUGUCUCGAGGAUAUUGGAGGUGGAAGAUGCCAAAGGAUUCAUGCCAGUAGCUUUUGCUACAUUGGGUGUGUCCACCACCCGCUCGCGGAUGAAGAGGACUCUGUUUUUUGGGGUUAGAGUUCCAGUGGUGCUGGUGCCAUGGUUUAUGCUCUGCAUAGCAUGGUUUAUUCCCCACUCUUCUCUCUUGAGUAACCUGUGUGGGCUCCUGGCUGGGGAAGCCUAUGGUCUUGGCUACUGUUUCUGCUUGGAUUUUCCAGAGUCAGUGGGCUCUAAGCUGGACCGGGUGUUCCCUUUCAGCCUGCUAAAGAAGAUACCAGGGCUGAAAUAUAUCCCAGGGUCCUUAGCGGAGAGAAGAGCUUCUGAAAGCAGCAAGAUUAACCCUGCGCCAGGCGCCUACCCCACCCAAAGCUACUACUGCUCUUCGCCUCCAGCUCUUCCCGCUUGCCAGUUGCAGCACUCCACUGCUCAGAGCCAGGGGUUUCAACACAGCUAUGCUCUGGGAUCUGCUUGUGCAACUCCCCAGUGGCGGCAGCGCGAGCGUUACGAGAAAGGCCUCUCCGAAAACGUCCGAACCAUCUGGUUUGCGGUUAAAUCAGGAGUGUUUGCUCGCUCUGGCU